CUUUCAAAAAUUUUAACAGGGUUAUGUUGUUAAAAUAAAAAUGAAGACGGAUCCUGAAUCAAAAAGUGAAGCCGAGACUCCCGGGCCCGUUGUAACCGGCGAUGUGAUAGGUGACACUGCGUAUAGCGAGCGCUUUGUGUUGAAAAUACUAUUAAAAUUGGCGAACUUGGACUCUUUGAAAGAUGAAUUAAACGAAAAAGCCUUCGAAGACGAUAUCUGCACUCUGUGGGAUAUGACUGUAGAAAGGGACGUUGUUUUGUUCCUUUUAAAACAUAAGAUGUUAAAUCUUUUCAAUUUUGCAUUGCCUACUAUAGAAACACCGCGUUACAUUGAGAUAUUUGUGGGUAUAAUUGGAAAUAUGUGCUGUCAGAAAGAAGCUGUGAACACAUUAAUAAAAAUGGAUGAAUUUUUAUAUUUGCUAUUGGAUUACAUAAAGACAGAUGAUAGUUUAAUUCUUAUACAACUGCUGCGUUUGGUGAGUUCAGGAUUACCUUCAAUGGACAGUGAUGACAUAGUUAUCUGGUUAAACAUGUUUGAUAAAGUUGGCUAUUCAGAUGCUCUUUAUUAUAUUCUUAAAAACUCAUCAAAUAAACAGCUUCUAGUGACCGCAUUAGAGAACCUAAAUACGAUUUGUUCAUAUUGUAACAUACAAAUGUGUAGGAAUCAAUAUUUUGAACAUUUUGUUUGUAAAGAAGUCCUAACUUCAUUAACAACAGCUUUCACAGAACUUACUAGUACACAAAAAGAAAGUUUAUCAAAAGAUGAAUUGGAAAGAAUUAUGGUGAUAAGUUUACAAAUGACUUUGGAAAUGGUUAGUUUUGAAAAGCCCACAGAAAUAUUUGAUGAUUGUAAUGAAAAUAUUGAAACAAUCAUAAGUACUGUUUUAGAAUAUUAUGAAGUGAAACUUGUGCAAGAAAAAGAAAUUGAUUCUGAUUUGGUCGAUUUACUCGACUGUAUAAAUAAUAUAGUUGGGAUUGUACAAAUUAGUAAAGAAUGUGAACCAGAUAAAUAUUUUAACACAUGUUACAGUAUGUGGAAAGCUUUAAAAUCUAUAACAAAUGUAAACCAAAAUGGUGAUAGUAACUUUGAAGAAGUAGAUAAAGAGGAGUUUCAAGAAUUUGUUAAGAAUAUGAAGCCAUCUUUAAGUGUAUUAAUGUGCAAGUACAUGCAGCAAUGUUCACAAGAACAUUUAUUUAAUGUAUUGGAUAAAAUUGGUGAUGAAAAUAAAGACAUAUUAAUGUCACUCACAGAUGUUGACAUAAAGGUUGCUGUAUCUAAUAGAAUUUUUGAUUAUACAACAAGAUUAAAUGAGAAUUUAGAUUCAUAA